AGGCGUUGGCUUAUUCGAACAAUGAGUCACUACCGCCAAAAACAAUAUAUAUUUGUCAUUGUUCAUGUCCGUUUAAUACGGAAGUUCCAGAUACCAUGUAUAAUGCAAUUAUAGAUCCUUAUGCCAACGCCGAAACUACGGAAAGCCAACUAUAUUACAGCAUAGGCCCUUACUAUUACGCCGGAGAAUUCAUUGAGUGCCAAUCAUUUUACGAUGUAGGUUCUUACGCCGGCAGUGAAAUUACGGGAGACCAAUAUUUUUACCCUUAUGCUGGCGCAGACAAUCAAUUUAUUUAUAAUACAGGGCCUUAUGCUGGCAGUGAAUUUACGGCGGACAACAAUGUAAAUCCACGCUGGCAAUAG